GUUUGGAAAGAUCCACAUCACAUUAUCAUCCAUGCACACAUGAAACGAAAAGGGACAGCACUGCAGCCACUGCAGGAAGCCAACCCAUGCACCAUGCGUUAUCUACACAUGCCCCUCCCCUGCUGUGCUUCUUACUCAACCACGCACGCACGCACGCACAUGGAUCCGUCGGCUUCAACCAACUGUCCAUCUGUGUGUGUGUGUCUAUUCAUACCGGCUUGGGCCCACCACACACGUCACACCUGGCCGCCAUGGGGGGGUUGUACGCGAACGUGCAGCGGUCACACCUCCACACGGCGGCGAGGGCAGCAGCACCGUCGUGCACCCGGCGCCGCUUCACACCGCCACCAUUCCCCUCCCCCUGUCCCUCCCCCUGCCCGUCCCCCAACUCAUCGCUAUCGCUGUCGUCCAACACAAUCACGUCGUCACUGAUGGCAGACGCUGCUGCCUCGCCGCCACCCUCACUCGGACCCUCCUCCUUGACGGCCACGCCAGCCGCUGCAGCAGCCGCUGCUGCUGCAGCUGCAGGUUCGCCCCUGUCACGGCCGUCGUGAGGUUCGUGUUCGUCUUUGAUGGCGAGACGGGCGAAGAGGUCGGGGAAGGCCUGCUCUGCCUCCUCCUCCUGCCAGGCGUUGUCCUGGGGGGCCAAGGCUGGCUGGGCGUCGUCCUGACCUUCGUCGGUGGUGAGGUCGAUGAUGAAGUCGACAUCUUCCUCAUCGCCCACGGCUGCGAUGCACCGGCCGUCCUGAUGAUUGGUGGAUACAUCCAUCAAUCAGGGAGGGGUGGGUGGGUCGGUCUGUCUGUCUGUCUUUCUGUUUGGGUGUGUGCGAUGUCGUAUGGCUGCUUGCUUACGUCUUUGGCCGCCCGCUCCCUCUCUGCAGCAGCAGCAGCGGCCAACUCGCCUGGCUUCAACGCUGAUGGGCAAAGAUGAAAUGGGAGAAGCAAUGUGUGUGUCGCCAAUAUGGUGAUGUGUGCGUGUGCCCGCUAUCCUACCUUUCAUGAGGUCCGCAUCGCCUCCCAGCCGGUUGCCGCCCUUGGGCAUGAGCUUCUUGAGGUGGUUGCGCCGCUCGGCAGCCUGACGACCCAACACCAACACACACGUGGAAUGGAAUGUAUGUACAGCCUCAUGGCACAUGCCAGUCGGAGUGUUGGCGAGCGUACCAUCUUGGCCUUCUUGCGCUGGUCGUCACGGGACACGGGAUUGUGCAUAGCACCACCCAGCCGCUUGCCUGACAUGAUGCGAUACACAACACACCGAUGGAUGAUGCACACCGACAUGACAUACACGAGUGCUCCACCACCAGAUGUGUAGGUGUGUGGUCCGGCAUACCCGUGCCGAGGAAGAGGCUGGUGUCCAUCGCACCACUAAUGCCGCGCCGAAUCAAAUCGCUGCACUCCUGCACCCAUCCAUCCAUGCAGAAGGAAGAUAGAGUCACAUGAACAUGAUGCACACACAUUCCCUGCACCCCCGCCCACCUUCUGCAGCUGUGCCCAGAGUUUGUAGAAGGCCGCGUCGUGUCGUGGGAUGUCGUUGUGCGCCAACUCGUGCGUCAAGCAAUACAGCACUAAGCGAUACGAGUAGGUGAUCCCACUGUUCCUCGUCUGACGCAGCCGCAACUGAUGGCCACCCACCACCCACACACGCAACACGCAGGCAUUCAGUGAGGUAUUGCGGUGCCUUCCCUCCUCACCGCUUACACAUAUUUUGUGCCCUUGGUUGACGUUGAAGCCGCCCACAUUUGGGUUUCUGGGUAUGCCUUCGUAGAGCAACGGAACUCGCCACUUGUACUUGUACAUCAAUGGCUGCACACCACACCAGGAACGGAGCACACAUGGUCACUCACUAGAACACCAGCAGCCUUUCGUGCCGCAUUGUAUCGCAGCGACGUACCUGCACCUGUGCAGCGGCUCUCUCGAGCAUCCGCCGCGCCUCCUCCUUCUGAGGCAGAUUCAACACUCGAAUCUGCACACAACACACACAACGAACGAACGGUAUGCAGCAGAGGUGAUGAUGAUCUGUCGUUUGUGACCUCUUGGAAUCGGUAUUUCUGUCGGUUUAUCUCCUCUAUAGACAUGGCGGAUACUUGUGGCUGCAGAACGCCAAAGAACUGACGCAAGGUAGGCGAAAGCCGCUGGGAAGGAUUCAGAAAUAGAGCGGAGUGGACGGCGGGCCAGGCGGUGGAUGCCACCGUACGUGGGAUGUGACACCUGUCCUAAUCCGCCAUCAAAAAAAGGCU